CAAAGGUUGUGGUGGUGUUGAGUCUAGUUAUACGUGCAGUCGGUGCUAUCAAGACACAUAACAAUGCUGCUCAACAAGGUUCUCAAAGCCAGCGUGCGGUCGGGGAUCCGGCUGCAGAACUCCGCUGCUGCUGCCAGUGCUGCUACAUCUAACAACGCAUCCCUCGGCUUCUCAUUUGAGCUGUCUGAGCAACAGAAAGAGUUCCAACAGGUGGCGAGGAAGUUUGCUCGUGAAGAGAUCGUCCCUGCUGCAGCGGAGUAUGACAGGAGUGGUGAAUAUCCUAUGCCCAUCAUCAAGAAAGCAUGGGAACUCGGUUUAAUUAACGGCCACAUUCCACAGGAGUAUGGUGGAAUGGGCUUGACAAUCUUUGACAACUGCCUCAUCACAGAGGAGUUGGCUUAUGGCUGCACAGGCAUACAGACCGCUAUCGAAGCAAACUCUCUGGGACAAAUGCCUGUUAUUAUAGCCGGCAAUGAAGCGCAGAAGAGUAAAUACCUGGGUAGGAUGAUGGAGGAGCCUCUCAUGUGUGCGUACUGUGUGACGGAGCCCGGUGCCGGCUCUGAUGUGGCCAGCCUCAAGACCCGUGCUGUGAAGGUGGGAGAUGAGUACGUUGUUAACGGGCAGAAGAUGUGGAUCACCAAUGGCGGGAAAGCAAACUGGUACUUCCUCCUGGCCCGGUCUAACCCAGAUCCUAAAUGUCCUACCAGCAAGGCUUUCACUGGCUUCAUUGUGGAGGCUGACACUCCUGGAAUUAUAGUAGGAAGGAAGGAGUUAAACAUGGGCCAGAGGUGCUCCGAUACCAGAGGCAUCACUUUUGAGGAUGUGAGGAUACCGAAGGAGAACGUCCUGAUCGGAGAGGGGUCCGGAUUCAAAAUUGCCAUGGGGGCCUUCGACAACACAAGGCCACCGGUGGCAGCAGGAGCCACAGGUCUGGCACAGAGGGCGCUUGAUGAAGCAACCAACUACGCAAUGGAGAGGAAGACCUUCGGAAAAGUUAUUGCUGAGCACCAGGCCGUGUCCUUCAUCCUGGCUGAGAUGGCCAUGAAGGUGGAGUUGGCCCGGAUGGCGUACCAGCGCUCGGCCUGGGAAGUGGACCAGGGCCGCAGGAACACGUACUACGCCUCCAUCGCCAAGGCCUUCGCCGGAGACAUCGCCAACCAGGUGGCCUCUGACGCCGUGCAGGUGUUCGGAGGAAACGGCUUCAACAGCGAAUACCCUGUGGAGAAGCUGAUGAGAGACGCCAAGAUCUACCAGGUGGGUGCUGAUGUUUCAGGGAUUGCACCUAAGGACAUCUAG